GGGCAGAGUUGUGGUCAGUCCAAGGCUUUUUGCUUCAAGGUUCCAUGCUCACUCAGUAUUACUAGCAUGGAACUGCGUUUACGGAUACUCUUUGUUUCUUUGCCUCGUCGCCAUCACGGUCUCUUCCAGAACUGCCCCAGGAGUCACGACACACGCCGCCAACCACUUCUGUGCCUCAUUAGCAUCCCAGGUAUCAGGCAGACGGAGAAACCGGGGGGCUCCGAUGACCUGCGGAGGGGUGGGAACAGGAAAAGGAGGAGGAGGAAGACGACAACCCGGGAAAAGAAACGAGUUACCAAGGACAAGACGAAAAUCAACAACGGCCAUGCAAGAAAUCCUGCGAAGCAACACUUACACCAUGCAUCGAGACCCUCCCAAACCCACGGCCUGCCUUGCCCUACCACCCUCAACUCCCGGUCUUUCGCACACCCACACGCAACCCUCCGGAGUCUGUGAAGGAUACAGAGACAGUCACCGUGCUCGGCAAAGAGUCGGCCGUAUCUAUCUCUCGAGCUUUGUUUUGCUUUCCACCUUGCCUUAUCUUUGGUGUCGCUAUCCAACUCCCUUGCGCCCUCCGACUGGUAACAACAACGGACUCGGCGGGCAAACAAACGCUUUCGUCCCCUCUCUGCAGUGCUGCUCUUUUGCCUUUACUUCCGACAUGAUACACGUACCGCACCCCUUCUUCAAACUUCAGCCCAAGACGACUUUGUCUUUAUUACACCAAGGGAGAGCGCCAGAAACACCAGCCCAAAGUUUGACACGGCCACAUGGGAAACUCUGCUCUUCCGGCUCCCUUGCGCGGCACGCUAGCCAAACAUGCCUGUCUCUCGCAAGAUGCCAUUCAUGGGUCGUUAUUACGGAGACGGGCGGCUUACCAACUCAUCUGGACCCUCCAAAGACCUCUCCCAAGGGUCCAACAGCCAAAUGCCAUCUCGCAAACACGGCUAUCCCAUCUUCGGUCCUCCAGCUCUCAGCCCCGGCCUUCCAACGUCGAAGCCGAGGCCACUGUCCACAUAGGUAGUAGUAACCCCGUCACAGGAGACACAAGCACGACGAGCUAGAGCACAACUGUUAUUCAACGGCCACUCGUCUCUAUUCACCUCCACUCCAAUUCCAUUGUUGAGCGACGUGAUCCAGUACCACCUACGACAGAGUACAGGAGGUCUUUUGGUUAGCAACAGCCCACGCAACCCUCGUUUGUCUAGCUGACACCGCUUGACUUUGGAUGGAUGACAUCCGCGUUUCCGCCGGUUAGUCAGUAC